GAGUCGAGUCGAGUCGAGUCGAGUCGAGUCGUCAUCGGAGUCGAGUCGAUCCGAUUUCGACUCAAAAAGAUCCGUUUGGAAAAUCACCAAAAUCCAACCACAAAAGCAAGCUUGUGGCAACAGCAUCAAAUACGAAGAAGUAGAUUUAGUUUGAUUGGAACAAUGGCGGCUACUCCUAUGGAUACGGGGGAAGUGGAUGAGAAGCUGUACUCUCGUCAGCUCUAUGUGAUGGGCCAUGAGGCCCAACGGCGAAUGAUGGCGAGUAAUGUCGUGUUGGUUGGCUGUGGAGGAUUGGGUGUGGAAGUCGCCAAGAAUGGCAUUUUGGCCGGUCUUCACUCGUUGACGGUCAUGGAUCCUCGACCAGCCACUUGGUUGGACAUGGGCGCCAACUUUUAUCUCACGGCGGAACACGUGGCUUCCAAAAAACGAAAGGAUGAGGCGUGUGUCAAACAGCUCAAAGAGCUCAAUCCCUAUGUCCAAGUGACUGUGAGUUCAGCAGGAGAAUGGACCUUGGAGGCCAUGUUGACAUUGAUUCAGCCCGGAGAAGUCACACCCUCCUGCGUCGUUGUCUCGGAUGUCCUACCCAACGACUGGUUGUACGCCAUUAAUGAUCAAUGCCGCAAAAUUGGAUGCAAAUUCUUGUAUGCUGUCGCCAAUGGUCUCUUUGGACGCGUCUUUGCGGAUUUGGGUGACGCCCAUGUCAUUAAUGAUCCCGAUGGAAAUCCACCCGCGAGCAGUCAGAUUGAAACAGUACUGAUGGAAAAUCCUGCCGUCGUCAAAACUUUGGAAGAUCAACGGCACGGAUUGGAAACUGGGGACGUUGUCCAGUUGGGUCGACUCAAGGGGUUGGAUGGUGUGCUAGAAGUCAAGAAGGACUACAAAGUCAAAGUCACUGGACCGUACACUUUUGAAUUGGAAGGCGUGGAUUUGAGUGGAAAGACGUCAACUGAAACGUCGUUUCAAGGUUACAUUACCCAGGUCAAACAACCCAAAACAAUGUCGUUCAAAACCUACAAGGAAAAGAUGGAAGAUCCAGGAGAAUUCGUCCUUUCGGACUUUGCCAAGUUUGACCGCCCUCAAUUGUUGCACCUUGGAUUCAAAGCACUGACACAAUUUGCGGGAGAAAACGGUGGAAAACUCCCCGGUCCAGCCGAUGAGGCAGCAGCCAACAAAAUUUUGGAAAUGGCAGAGGCUCUGUCGGAGGAACCAUUCACGGAUGCCCAGAAACGGAUACUGAAAUUCUACGCUUUAGGAGCGCAAGCGCAGCUUAGCCCCAUGUGUGCCGCCCUUGGAGGGAUGGUGGGUCAGGAAGUCUUGAAGGCGUGCUCUGGAAAGUUCACUCCUUUGAAUGGCUUCUUUUACCUCGAUGCCGAUGAGUGCCUACCGGAUGAAGUGCCCGACAUGAAUCUGUUGAAACCAACCGGAUCUCGCUACGAUUCUCAGAUUUGCGUCUUUGGAAAAGACAUGCAGGAAAAAUUUCUGGAUCUCCGCUAUUUCAUCGUUGGAGCCGGUGCCAUUGGUUGCGAAAUGCUCAAGAACUGGGCUCUGAUGGGUGUCGGGUGUGGAGGGAACGGCCAUGUGCAUGUCACCGAUAUGGAUCGCAUCGAAAAAUCCAACCUCAGUCGACAAUUCCUGUUCCGUAACACGGACAUUAAUGAAUUCAAGUCAACAACUGCCGCCAAGGCUUGUCAAGUGAUGAAUCCGGACUUUAGGGUCACGGCCUAUCAGGAAAAGGUGGCACCAGAUACCGAGCAUUUGUUCGGAGACGACUUUUACGACAAGCUCUCGGGUGUGUGCACAGCUCUGGACAAUGUCGAAGCACGUCUCUAUGUCGACCAGCGCUGUCUCUUUUACCGUUUACCCAUGUUGGAGAGCGGAACGCUCGGGACUAAAGGCAACACACAGAUUGUCGUUCCUCACGUUACGGAGAACUAUGGCGCUACUCGUGACCCGCCGGAGAAAUCUAUCCCAGUGUGCACGUUGAAGAACUUCCCCAACAUGAUUCAACACACAUUGCAGUGGGGUCGUGACUGGUUUGAAGGGGCGUUUCGACAGAGCGCGGAGGAAGUCAAUGCCUAUCUGAGUACCAACCCGACACAGUAUCUGGAAGGUCUGCAACAAAAUUCCAAAGUGGAGACUCUAAGUUUGAUUCGCAAGACGCUGGUCGAUGAGCGCCCGGUUAGCUUUGAGGAUUGCGUUGUCUGGGCUCGCCUCCAGUUUGAGACACUUUUCAACAAUCAGAUUCGACAACUACUGCACAACUUCCCAGAGGAUCAACUGACGUCCAGUGGAACCAAAUUCUGGUCCGGAUCGAAGCGUUGUCCAAAGCCACUUGUCUUUGACUUGGACGACAUCUGCGAAGAUGCUGGCAUGAGAAACCACUUGGACUUUGUCGUGGCAGCAUCCAAUCUACGUGCCGAGAUGUACGGAAUCAAGGGCCGCACCGACGAGGAAUAUUUCCGAAAAGUGUUGAAAGAUGUAAUUGUGCCUGAUUUCAGCCCAGCGGAAGGUGUCAGGAUUGCUGCCAACGAUGCUGAGGAGCAAAAGAACAACGACGCUGCCAUGGAUGGGGGCGAAGGAGAGGCUAAUGAAAUUUGGAAGAGCCUCCCGGGCCCAAGUGAGCUGGCAGGGUUCCGGUUGCACCCCAUCGAGUUCGAUAAGGACCUGGAUGACCAUGCCGGAUUCAUUGCGGCCUGUUCCAAUCUACGCGCUAUGAAUUACUCAAUUCCCACCGAAGAUUUGCACCGCAGUCGGGCAAUCGCAGGUCGCAUCAUACCCGCGAUUGCCACCACAACCGCUUUGGUGACUGGAUUGAUUUGCUUCGAGUUGUACAAGAUCAUGGGAACCCCUCGAAAGGAGCUCAAAAUUGAUGCUUACAAGAGCGCGUUUGCGAACUUGGCCAUUCCUUUCAUGACGUUGUCCGAGCCGUCUGCACCCGCCAAAACCAAAGCGAUGCUCAAGGGCAAGGAAUGGGAAUGGACCCCUUGGGAUUCUCUCGAUGUAAACCAAGGAAACAUGACAUUGGGCGAGUUCAUGAAAUUCUUUGAGAAGGAGUACGGCCUUGAAAUUUCGAUGCUCAGCUACGGUGUGUCGAUCCUCUACAGCUUCUUUGCGAACAAGAAAAAGGUCGAAGAACGCAAGGCCAUGCGAAUGACGGAUGUCAUUACCAGCAUUUCCAAAAAGGAAUUUCCACCCAAUCAGCUUUUCAUUAUCCUCGAAGUGAUUGCCAAUGACAAGGAAACGGACGAAGAGGUGGAGUUGCCCUACAUCCGCUUCCGCUUUCGGUAGAUUUCUGCAAGGAUGCCCUUGAGAGCGGGAGAAUCAGACCGAUCGGUCCUCUCCAUGCAUACAAUCAGCUGAACUGGGAACAAGUACGACUGUAACGAGUCAAACAAAAUACCAUAGUACCAGAAGUAAUGCUGGCUUCAAGAUCAGAAUUUCAGUGCAGGGACUUUAUAGAUUAAGCAAUAGCAACUUCUUUUAGGUAUUUUCUUCUUCUCCUUUUGGGAUCUUCUAGUAGAGGAAGACGCCGCUGGUUCUUCUACGGGUAGAGCAUCUGGCUCUGAUCCAUGUACGGUACGGUAGCACAGAAAGCAACCAGUUCUAGAUUACUCUACAUGUACCGGUACGGUAUGGAAUGGAGUGCAUUCUAAACAGAGGUUAUUGAAGGGUCGAAUGAUUCAAUCAAACAACCCACAAAAUUGCAGCUGCUACCAAUUGUUGGCUGCAGCUACAGUACGUAUCGUAGUCACAAGCAUGUCACUCAUGGCCUCUGCUUCAUCAUCACGCUGUAGUCAUCUGUGCAUCGCUUCUUCUCGGACACAUUCGGCUGCCUUCAAUGCGACUAUAAAGUGGAACGGUCAGGGGAAACUUUUGGUCUGCCACCACCACAAAAUGACAAGCUCUUCGGGUUCCCCAGGUCGGUGCCGGAACAACAUUGGACAAGAAUUUGGGGUUGUAGAGUACUUCUUGCCAGAGCUGGAUUCUCCCGUGGUGUCUUGUAUCCACUAGUUUGGGACCCAACCGAAAGCUCUUGUCCUUAUCAUUCACAGGCUUUCCGUUCAUGGCCCAAAUUUCUCCCUCUGACAUAAUGACAUCGUCAAAGGCUUGUCGCAACAAAAUGACUCCGAGUGGUCCACGCUGGAUGGGUCGAGUGCCCUGAUAAUGUUCCAAGAACAAUUGAAGAUACCGCUCCAAAAUGGCAUGGCGUGGAGUGGUGGCCAUGAACGCCUGAAAGAAAUUUCCGGGAUGUUUGGAAUCUCGGUGCACCAAGGAUGUGGCAAAAGUGGUGUUGGGUUGCAAGACAUCCAAUAGAUGCAUGCGCACGCCCACGUCCACAUCCAGGUAGAUUCCUCCCGUUUCCCACAGGGCAGCUCCUCGACAGAUAUCUGCCUUGUACAUUCCCAUGGUCUCAUUUCGAAAAUGGUCGAUGAGCGGGGCGUUGGGUCCUAGGGCGGCUUGUAGCGAUUGCACGCAGUCUUUAUCUGUCAGGAAUCGAACGGUGGCUCGAGGAUGUUUGUCAAUGGUAGCGUGGAUGUUUUUUUGCAGAGCUAGCAGUUCUUGUUGCUCCUCUUUGGUUCUGUUCUCCUGCUGAUUGUCGGGUUGAUUCUUAUUAUACUGGAGUAGAUUCACAUUGUGAGUGAAGAUUAAUACGUUUGGUAUUUGGUGAGAUUUUCCAAUUGUUGGUGGAUACUUCUGCUCAUUGGUAGCGGAUGGACUUUCGGUUUUGACCUGUGUUGCACUUUUGGUGGUGAUUGUUGUCGUAGUCGUACUGGUGUGUUCCACGGCGUGUCGUGUAGUAAUUUGAUUAUCUUCGUCCAAAUCUGUUUCUUUGAGCACUCGGACUGGAGUCCCCUGCAUGGAUGUUGUUACCUGUGGAAGACGCUUGGCCGUCAUGUCAUCCGGAAAGGCUCUUCCCGGAGGCAGCCGUUCCAAUAGUGCACCCAUUGCAAAAAUCCAAACCCCACAAGAAGCCACAAUGACAAGAGGCAAGAACCUUUGUGUUCGGGACUGCGGUUGCAUGUAGAUAAUUGGCAGCACAACUUGUCCAUUUCGCCGCCGUCCUGUCGCGGCUGUACUGGUAGCCAUCAUGGUACUAUAUUUUUUGAAAAAGGAUUCUAUUCUAUGCGGUUGGUCGGAGGAGACUAUGCAUAGAUCUAUGUACGCUUUAUCCAACGUCACGGUCCGAUGAGUGGUAGUUGAAGCAGUUCAGUUUUGGUACCGAGAAUAACAGUCUCAUGCCUAAUUCAAAGUCAAAUGAGGCGAGCGUGACAACAAUUGACCUCAUCAAACGCGACCCCCACCGGUUGACAGAUUGUUCAGAUAAAAUCUAAUCAUGCACUCGGACAGCUUGUGCGUACUAGUACGGUACUAGUACUAGUAACGCGGGUACCAAAUGUAGUUUUCGGCCAUGGCAAAAUUUCACUGAAUCAGACCGGCCUUAGGUUUAAGAUAUGACAUUAUCCAUUGAUUGGCGCACCUCGGGAAAGUCCAAAGGUGCUAGCAUGUAGUUGAUGAAGGAAAUGGAUUAUCCCAUGGCCAUACCUGAUGCCUACUAAUACCUAAUAGCUAGAGGAGAGACUAUCUAGUUUGUAGAAGAGAUGUUCUGAUCCAUGUGAAUGUCCCUCUCUUUUUGUAGCCAUCACGUACCGUACCAGAGCAAGUCCUCGUCUGUUUGAAGGUUGCCUGAUACCUUUGAUCACCUUGCUUUUCCUGCUCGUAAUGAUAUCGAGGAUCUUUGAGAGGAAUAUGGCUAUCUUGUAGUUGAUCCUUACAAAAAUGGUACCACUAUUGACCAAGGCUCCUGAGCUGAAGUCUUCCAUCUUCGAGUGAUUGUCAUUUCUUCCUCGCCUGCGGCCUUCCCCUGAAAACCUGAAAAGGUAGAUUGGG